AUGGCUGACCAAACCUCCGAUUCGACAUCUUCACCGGCUCUUGUCUCCGUUUCUUCUCCUACUGCUGUUCCUAAGAAAGAUAAUACCAGUCCUGUUGAUUCGAAGCUCACGGAACUUAACGAAUCAAGGGCUGAGUUACUUAACAGGAUCCAGAAUCUGAAACAGGACUUGCAAAGUUGGAGAGGUAAAUUGGACAGCCAAGUUAAAGUCUACCGUGAGGAACUCUCUGGGCUGAAGAAGACUCUGAAUCUUGAAGUUGAGCAGCUACGUGAGGAAUUCAAAGAUCUGAAAACCACCUUAAAUCAGCAGCAAGAUGAUGUUUCCGCCAGCCUGAAAAGCUUAGGCCUACAAGAUAACCCCAAAGAUUCAAAAGAGCAAAUGGAUAAGAGAGUCGAGAUGAUAAAAAUGUCUGUUCUUAUGAUCUUGAGACUACCUUCUACUUACUACUACUACGUUGAGGUUGUACCUGAUACUCUUGCAAUCUUUCCGAUCAUCGGAAUCCUCACCGUACACUUUUUAUUCGCCGCCGUAACCUCCCAAUCUGCCGAUUUUUUCCAGAUCGAGUCAAAGUGCACUGGCUCAAUCGCCGAGUGCUCCUUAUUAUCCGACGACGGAGAAGAUCUCGAGUUCGAAAUGGACUCUGAGAUAAACCGGCGCAUAUUAGCAAACACGAGGUACAUAAGCUACGGUGCGCUUAGGAGAAACACAAUUCCUUGUUCACGACGCGGCGCAUCUUACUACAAUUGUCGACGUGGCGCUCAAGCUAAUCCUUACUCUCGUGGUUGUAGUGCCAUUACUCGUUGCAGGCGAUGA